UGACGCUGUCACACAGAUGUUUUGGGUUUGGAAAAUUGUUGGGGACAGCUGCUUUUCGAGAGUCUCCUUGGGUGCAUCAUGCUGACUUUUCUUUGGAAAUUCACUUUCUCUAAUUUCCUCAUCAUCUCCUGCUGUCAUAAUUAUGUGGACAAUUCGGAUAAACCAGCGAUCGCCAAAUAUUUCAACACGAAAGGGAGAUAUGACUGAGGCUGCAUUUUACCUGUGUGCUUAUGAAUUUGCAAUCAAGGGGGUGAACUCCCCUUGGUGUCAACUCUUCGAUGAGGAUGAUGCAAAGGUUAUGGAAUAUGCAAGUGACCUGAUGGAAUUCUGGAAAAGAGGCUAUGCGUAUGAUAUCAACAGCAAGUCCAGCUGUAUUCUCUUCCAUGAUGUGUUUAACCGGCUGAACAAGGCAGCCAGCGAGAACAAGUCAGGCCAGCAGGUGACUGAAGCCGUGACAGUCCAGGUUGGCCAUGCAGACACUCUCCUGCCACUGCUCACCCUCCUGGGCUUCUUCAAGGACAGUGAUGCCUUGACUUCCACCAACUACGACACACAAACCCAACGCUCCUUCCGCACCAGCCACAUGUUACCCUAUGCAGCUAACUUGAUCCUGGUGCUAUACGACUGUGGGGGAGGCGACCUGAGGCUGCAGCCACUGCUCAACGAGAAGCCUGUGACUUUCCCAGGUUUGACUGACCAGCAGACCUCCAUGCCGCUCUAUCAAGACGUCAAAGAUCACUGCAGGGAGCUGCUCCAAGGCGGUGACUUUGAGACGGAGUGUCAGCUGUUUAAGAGUCCUGCUUCAGUUUAGGCAGACAGGGGAGAUUCUAGAAAAUAGGGCAUGACAGUGUCUUUAUUCUCUUUUAUUUGCUAAAACAGAAAAAAAAAACAAUAUGCUCCUACCAUUAAUAUGUUACUGGUUGAAUGAGCAUUUUUAUAAAUGUUCUGCUUUGGAAAUUUUAAAUAUGCGAUUUCUUCAGGAGGCACUAACAUGUUUUUUGAAACACAGCUUUAAAUAUCUUGGACUCAUCAUAGACAAUCAACUCAGUUUUGAUCAACACAUCACUGACAUCCAUAAACAAUCCCAGCAAAGAAUCAAUGUCAUACAUAGCCUACACUCAGAGCCCUGUCUGUUGCCCCUCACCUGUUCCAACCCAUCCUGCUGUACUGUUCCCUGCUUCUUCACCAUGUUAACCAUCUUCAGCAAAAACUAAUUUAGCAGCAUCACACUCACUGCCUCUGAAAUCCUCUGCCUUCCCACUCUCAAUCUCUCAGAUAUGAACUUCAGAGCCACCACACAUCUACCACUUAUGACACUGAUCAGCCCCUCAAUUAACACAUUACUUCUAUUCCAUCUGGCCAGAGAAACAGGACCCUUAAAUAGAGAAGAGCUUGUUUCAGCAGGAGAUUUGUCCCCUCCUCAAUAGCAGCCCUGAACAAUCGGCCUCACAGACACUGUUGUGAGCUGGGAUGAUGAAUGCAUUCAUUGAGAUUUUGUGUACUGACUAUAAAUGUGAUUUGUGGCUGUGUACGUAUAUCUAUAUAUUGCUAUGCUUAUAUCUGUAUGUUGCUGUGUGUUGCUAUGUGUACUGGCUGUGAAAACAAAUAUCCUUCUGGGACAAUACAUCAAAAUCUGAAUGUUA